AUGCGCCCUUACUUUCAUUUAGACGAUAAACCUGCUGAAGUCGAUUUAGCAACCACGCCAACUGAGGCAACGCCCGAGCCGCAUGAAGGCGACACCAAGGAGGCCUUGGAUACGAAGCCCUUAGCAAAGGCUCUGGACGAAGUUGAAUGUCAACAGGGAAAAGAGGAUUUUCCAGAAGAGCACGAGGCGGCAAAAGUGGCUGAGGAUGCGUCCCCCAAAGAAGGUGAGAAACCCCAGGGAGACAAAAAGGAGGAUUCUGGUGCAGAUGUGAAUAGUGAGACGGUGGAAAAAGAACAGGGGACGAAGGAAGAAAAGAAGGAAGAGCAGGAAGAUAAAAGCGAAGCAAAGCCCGAAGAAGCCUGA